AUGACGAUGAAGUUUUUCAAGCGAACCUUUCUGCGUUGUUUCUUCAAGCGUAAGAAGAGAGUUCCAGCUGCGACUGUGGAUCCGAUCGCUGAAGCUCCGCCCUCUCCUCCUAAUCAACAAGUCCCUCAUCUUUCUGCCGGUCUAUCUCUCGGUCAUGCUGCCACUCUAUCUACUGGUCCAAUACCAUCUGCCUCUGCCUCAUGGUUACUUGAUAUCAUCUACGCUACUUUUGAAAAAAUUGAGCAAAUGGUGUUCAGGAAAGUUGUGCUUCUUGCCGUCUUGUUGUCCCUUUCAUGUGCAUUGGAGGGAGAAGCAAGACUUAGUGGAGAAAUGAGAGAUGUAACGAUACAACGUGGAGGGCCUUGCAACAACGAGAAUACUUGUCAUAAUCAUUGCCCGGGGUGUGCUAUCACACACUGUAUUUUCAACCAAUGUGUUUGUACUAAAUGUAACCCUCCACAACUAAAUUUACAUGUAAAUUAUAAUAUUUAUCCAAAUUUGUGA